UGGUCUGGAUAGCUUAAUUCCCAAUAUUUUAGAGAAACAAAUCGACGUAGCAUACUUUGAUAAGAAUGUUAAGGAUACUUUUAGGAAAACAAAUCGCAGUAGUGCAUUUAUUGUAGGUGAACGGAUAACUUUUGCGUAUUUUUAUGUUAGCAUAUGAAGUAAAGGAUAUUUGAAAGAUGAUGUAUGCAAAUGAUGUAUGAUUACUUAUUUUCCAUCAAAACAUCAAAAUACGCUAGAUGAAUUGAAUUGCAUCGAAUACAUUUUGACAUGAACAACAGGCAUACGGGCGGAUAUUCCCUUGGCACUGAGGACUUGGUCAUCGGAGCGGAUGAUAACACAGACGGUGCCGGCUGCUGUGGCUGGCUUCUCUACGCUUUCUCGCUGUUCCUCAUCGUGGUCACCUUGCCCUUCUCCCUCGUUCUGUGUAUCAAAGUUGUUCAGGAAUAUGAGAGAGCGGUGAUAUUCAGACUUGGGCGUUUACCAUUAGGCGGUGCCAAAGGACCAGGUAUCUUCUUCAUUAUUCCCUGCAUCGAAAGCUACACAAAAAUAGAUCUUCGCACUGUUUCCUUUGAUGUGCCACCACAGGAAGUUCUUACGAAGGAUAGUGUGACCGUUUCCGUCGACGCCGUUGUGUACUACCGGGUUUCCAACCCGACCGUGUCUGUUGCUAACGUCGAGAACGCGCACCAUAGCACGCGCUUGCUUGCGCAGACGACAUUGCGCAACAUCCUGGGAACAAAGAACAUGUCGGAGAUUUUGUCGGACAGGGAGAGCAUCAGUCAAGGAAUGCAGUCCUCAUUAGACGAAUGUACUGAUCGAUGGGGAAUCAAAGUUGAGCGAGUAGAAAUUAAGGACGUUCGGCUCCCAGUGCAGCUUCAGAGAGCCAUGGCGGCAGAGGCUGAGGCUUCCAGGGAGGCUCGAGCAAAGGUUAUCGCGGCGGAAGGAGAGCAUAAGGCGUCCCGUGCGCUCAAAGAGGCUGCUGACGUCAUGGGUAGCUCCAGUGCCGCUCUUCAGUUGCGCUACCUCCAGACGCUGAGUUCCAUCUCCGCCGAGAAAAACUCCACCAUCAUAUUCCCGCUUCCCAUCGACUUGUUUAAAGCGUUCAUAAAUAAAUAGUUAUUUUUUCUUGAUUUACAUGUAUAGCCGAAUCAAUAUUACAUAAUUGGGCAGUGCUCUGUGAAAAGGUUUUUAUGCAUGUGCGUAAACUGUCGUCGCAGAUUAACCUGUGCAGUCCGCACAGGCUAAACAUGGUCGACACUUUGCGCUUUUAUGAUAUUUUCUGUUUAAAGAAAGUCUUAUCUUAGCAAAAAUCUAGUUUAGGCCGAAAAUUUUCGACGUGAUUUGCCUGUGCGGAUUGCACAUGCUAAUCUGGGACGACACUUUUUGUACAUUAAACCCCUUUUUCACAGAGCACGGCCCAUAUUUAUUAUACAAAAGGACCGAACUAACUCUUAAUCAGUUUCAUGUAAGACACGUUAAUGUAUUGUAAGGCAUAUACAUGUAUAAACAAAUUAAAUACAACAUUGGUAAAUAUCAAACACAGGUUUUUAUACAACGUUAAGCAUGCGGUUUGGUUUCGUGUGUAUCUUUGGUUUUCACAUUAUCUUAAAAUAACCCAGACCAUUAUCGUUUUUGGUAAAUUUACAGUCCGGUUUAUUUAUAAUACUAUUUAGGUCGCUUUAAUUGAGCGGGAUAAUGAUCAACCUACAAAAUAACCUAAAUUAGCACAAGUAAAAAACAACACAUUUUAAUUAUUCUUGUAAUUUUGUAUUACGGAUAUGUACUACAAUUACAUGUGUUCGUAUAUACCUACGGUAGUCGACAAAAGCGGUGUUUUCAGAUACACGUGUUAAAUACCGUAGAUGGGGAUCAAAUGCAGAAAUGUUGAAUUAAGCCUUUAAACAAAUACUCGUUACGUCCUUUAUUACUUCUUUAUUCAAGGUUAAUGUUUUAAACAAUAUACGUAUUCAA